CCGGAAGUGUACUAAUAUCUGACUGCCCGCCCCUUUGAUAGCAUGUAAGCUAAACGGUUGUUUGUUGUUGUUUUGUCAUUUCUUCUUUAAAACUGUCGGACGUCCAAACAGGAUGGAGACAAAGGGACCUUCGCUUUAUGAAAAAUGGCCAGGUUAGCAGGAUAAUAGCACUGGACAGCUCGAACACGAAGUUAAUCUUCCCUUGUGCAGGCAGGCCCCUCAGUCGACAUGUCGCGGAGCCUGGAGGAAGACUCUUUGGUGGACGGACCUCUGAUCUCUGUAGACGCCCUCCACUCCGCCAUCAGGAGAGAGUUUCAGACUGUACCCACACCCUGCCACGCCGGCCUGCUGUCUCUGCUGCAUGUUGUCUACGUGGUGUUGUCGAUGUGUGUUGCGGUGCUGUGUGUGUUGAAAUUUGGCCAAGAGGAUGUGUGCAUGAGCAUUCUUGGUCAUGUCCGAGGCGACAGCGUCAUUUUGUUCGGGAAGGUGUGUUUAUGGGUGCUGGUGCUGCUGUUCACCGGGUGUGCACAGCACCACCACAACCGGGCCAGGAGCAGAGGAUACCUGCGAUUCUACAGGCAGAUGCAAGGACUGAAGCACUUGCCGCUCACCGUGCAUUCUGCAGGAAAUGUUCUGCUGCUGGUUGUUCUGGCUGCACAGUUAUCAGUGAAGGUGCACACCUACAUGCUGCUCAGCAUCCUGGGGUUGGAGCUCUUGGUAGCGUUGCCAUGUCUGAUCUAUUACACAGUCAAGGUGAUGCAGUUCAACAGAGAGCGAGCGGCCCCAGAUGUGAGCCAGGAAGAGCACUCGCACAACUUCAGUAUCUCCAGCCUGCCGACUGAGACCGGCUUCAGAGAGGGCUCCAGUCUGGAGGAGGUGGUGGAGAAGCAGGCUGACCUGAUAGAGUACCUGAAGCAGCACAACACCUUACUGAGCAAGAGGCUGCUCAACCUCACUGCCCAGCACUGACUGCAGCCCGGCCUCCUCACCCUCCCUGGGAAACCAGCAGCCACGCACUGAACCUGGGAACCUGAGCCCGAUCAUAUUUAACACUCCGCUCUCUUGACACAAAGGAGAGAGGGGAUCCGUGGGGUUUGGAAAGAGACGGAGGACGAAGAAACACUGGAUUGAAAAAAGACUAAAAGUAAGGAAAUCCUUGUGCGCACAGACUUGAGGCGGGAGGUUUCAUCCUCACCUGAGAUGGACAGAUAACGCAGGAGGAGGUGAGCUGUAAGUGGAGGACAGUUAAGUGGGAGGAGGAGGAGGAGAGGAGUCAUGGGUCACAGAUCAGAGGUGAGGGGUUUUUAUCACUGUUUUAUGGCCCUCAGUGACCUGUGUGUGCUGCCGCUUGUGUUACUGUGUUACUGACAAACAGAAGAGGCAGAACAGUUUUAUUUAGAGAUCAUCUGCACUGAAAGAGAAGGAGAUACAGGAGGGAGAGGUUAUCACUAAUCAGGGUCAAACAACAAAAAGAGAUUGAGUAACGCUGUAAACGUCUGUAAAUGCUGUUUUAUGUCUGAAUGUGUGUGUAAAUGCUUUAAUCUGGUAGCAUUAUUUUUUUUUCUAGUCGUUCAACAGUUGUGAGUUUGUGUACGGUGUUUGUGAUCUGAUUGGAAUAAAUCUUAAAAUUCU